CCGACUAGUUUUGUAGUUAUCUGGCUUUUUACUGCUGCACUGCCGGCUUACAGUCACAAUGACGGAAUUUUUUAUUCUUAUGUAUUUCAUUUUAACGUUAAUAAAUUACUAUCUAUCUAUAUAUCUAUGCAUCUAUAUAUAAAUAUAUAUGUAACCAAUUACUGAAAUGCACAUACGCGCGUCUAGUGCACUAAUAGAUAUACACUUUAUGACAUUAUACAUUUGCUUUGUAAUCGCAGGAGCAUUUGUGUAAUGGCGACAGUAGCCAACCCACCAACCAACAUUGCCCUCUUGUGGCUUUCUUGAGUAAAAACAAAAAGGGGGAGUUUCAUGCAUUGCAGAGAAUUGCAGUUAAUUUACACAAAACAGACAACACUAAAGUUGGUGGAGUGGUUAUUUUUAUAACUGCAACUUCACAGUCCUUCAUAGGAAUAGGCGGCUUUAGAGGAGUGGGAUCAUUGCCAUGUGGUGGUUGUGUAUGCAGGGCCAAAUCAAGUGCUUAUAGAUUAUGUUGCAAGUGUUGAAGAAAAGAAAGAAACCAAAAAAGAAUCAAAGAAAGAGAGGAAGAAGUACUUUGAGGGAAGUUGCAGUUCUCCAUUGGCUUUGGAUUUUCAGUCGUGGUACAUUUAAGUUCUACAAGUUCAGUCACGCAGCACUACGGAUCUGCAUGAUGGAUUAUUUGCCACUGCACAGGGUGUUGUCCUUGAUGGUGAUUAUACCUUUAAUUAUGAUAACAAUGAUGGUCAUUAUCAUCAUCAUCAUUAUGAUAAUAACAGUAAUGCAACAUCAUUAUAGAAAAUAAAAUGUAAGACUUGAAAAGAACAAGAAUAUUGUUCAGAGGAAGUUGUUUGUUUCAUAUUGUUUGUGAGGAACAAAAGCUUUAAAUAAAGGUUAGAACCAUAGACUUAGAUCUUGAAAAUGUCAGAAGUUGACAUUUGGUUUCACAAAGUAACCUCUUUCAUGGUGAUAAUAUCUGCCUUGAGGUGGAAGGGUUGUUCUACUCUAGGUCUAGCGUUAUGUUCCAAAGCUGGAGACGUAACCAGAGAGAUUGGAUGGAAGCAAAUAGAGAAGAAAAAUAUAAAAAAAGUUGUUACUGAGUGGAUUAUUUUUGUAUCAUAGUUAAUACUGUGUUAUUGUCCUGUUUGAAUAAAAUGGUUAGUGAUAACAGACAGAACUGGUAACAGACAGAAAUACAUGAGAGGAGAAACAAUAUUAACACUGUUGAUGGAGAACAGGCAAAAGUAGUAUUAAUAACAAUUUAAAAAGUUAAGAAUGGUAGGCAAUAAUUAUUCAGCAAAAUACAAACUAUUUAUAUUAAAAGCACUACCGAUUACCUGAUGAUGGGUUGCAAAAGUUAUUGUUAUGUUCAUGUUAAACUCCUGGUCAACAACUAGAGGCAAUGUCAGCGUUUAAACUCCAUCAUAUGUUCUGUCUGAGUCAUGUGAAGUCAGGAGCUAGUAUUCCACAGGGUUUACUGGACUCCUUGAAUGUCGUAGAUCAGAGAGUGAGUGGAUGAAUCAACAUUUACACACCACUUGUUUUGGGACAUCGAUCUUUCUCCCACCGGGUGUGUGGUUCUCCCUUCACUGCUUUUGAGGUCCUGCCAAAUGGUGUGAUAAUUACGUGGGGUCAUACCUGAUAAGAGGAGGUGGUAUGCACACGUCCUGUGAAUGUUUUUCGUGUUGGUAAUUUUAUAUUUUCUCCUAUUGAAGUACAAAGCAGACGUGUGUUUGAAUACCACAGCGGUGCUGUAUGUACACUCAUGGGCCCUGGAAUCAUAUCCUCUGUCACCAAGAAUAAAGUCCUGCCUGGCCUAAUGAAGCCGGAGUUGGGAUACAGAGUACAAUAUAAGGAAGGAGGGAAACUGCAGGGAGCACUGUCAAGGAGGAUGGACUGAAGCUCAGCAACAGCAUUACUAGCAGUGCCUUUUUAUUUAUAUACAGAUCUUUGCACUGAGAGCUCACUAUGAUAUCCAUGCACCUCCUCAUCCUCACCACUCUCCUUGUGGUCCUGAUGGGGGUCCUGACUUCCACUGCCCGAACCACACGCUCGCCUAAACAUCAAAUCACCAAGAAGCCACCAAGAGCUGGGAGCAGCGGAGGUGGAGGCGGAGGCGGAGGGCGACUCGGUCGCGCCACCACAGCAACAGCGCCCCCGUCCAGUAGCCAGCACGCAGAGGAGACCACUGAGGUCUUAAUGGACGCCUUCUCCCAGUUACCAACCGACAGCACCACCUACUCCAAUGACGUGUACUCAACGGAGUUCCACACAGACGCCAUCGCUCUGCCCGGGAACAACAACGGCAACUAUACCAUUGACUACAAUGAGUGUUUUUUCAACCUGUGUGAGUGCUGUCCACCAGAGAAAGGUCCGGCCGGACCAGUGGGUGAAACAGGGCCACCGGGACUACCAGGAGAAACUGGUCCACCAGGGUUGCCAGGUGAAAAAGGAGAGAUUGGACCUGUAGGCCUUCCAGGUCCUGAAGGACAACCUGGAGAUUCUGGACUAAAUGGUACCACAGGUGAGAAAGGUGAUCAAGGACCUGUAGGCCUUCCUGGUGUCCCUGGAAUUCCAGGAGAACCAGGAGAGAAAGGUGACCCUGGCCCUAUCGGCGAGAAAGGUGAAACUGGCCUCACUGGUAUUAAAGGUGACCCAGGAGAACUCGGAGAACCUGGACUGAAUGGGACUAAGGGCAGUACAGGGGAGGUGGGCCCUGUUGGUCCCCCAGGGAUUAAUGGGACAAAGGGAGAGAAAGGUGAACAAGGACCCACAGGUGUGGGUGUACCAGGUGAGAAAGGUGAUGUGGGUGAACAGGGGCCUCCUGGUCUGAGCGGUGAGAUUGGAGUGCCAGGACUUAAUGGCAGUGAUGGUACAAAGGGAGAGGUUGGUGAGGUCGGACCUCCAGGGCAGAAGGGAGAUGUUGGUGCGAGGGGCACUCCAGGGCCUGUAGGUGUGAGAGGUCUGGUAGGGAGGAAAGGGGAGAGAGGUCUCAAAGGUGUCCGUGGUCCCAGAGGUCAAAAAGGGGAACAAGGCGAGGGAGUGGAGCUGAUUCGCUCUGCCUUCAGUGUGGGGUUGUUCCCCAGCAGAUCCUUCCCUCCCCCUGGUAUGCCUGUGAAGUUUGAUAAGGUCUUUUAUAACGGUGAAGGACACUGGGACCCUUCACUUAACAAGUUCAACAUCACCCACACCGGGGUCUACUUAUUCACUUACCACAUCACUGUGCGUAACAGGCCCGUGCGUGUUGCCCUGGUGGUGAAUGGCAUUCGAAAGCUGCGAACUCGAGAUUCUCUGUACGGCCAAGAUAUCGACCAGGCGUCCAACCUGGCUCUGCUGCAGCUGAAUGAGGGUGACCAGGUGUGGCUGGAGACGCUGAGAGACUGGAAUGGGAUUUAUUCCAGCACAGAGGAUGACAGCACGUUCUCUGGCUUCUUGCUUUACCCAGAAUUAAAGCCCAAACCAACUGCUGUAGAAAAUCUCUUGUAGAAAACGCAGUCUGUGAUCAAUGAAUGAGCUCUGAUUAUUAAUUCUAGUAGAGACUGCGCUUGCACUGCUACUGAAAAAAAUGAUUGCUGUUUAGCAGAGGACCGCCGCUUCCCUAUCUGCACGGUUCUCUUGUGCUAAUCAAACCAACUGCUUUGCUUGCCUUGCUCUAUUUACAGAUGGAUGGAGUUUGACUAUACUGCUGCAUAUGCAAUACUUGACACUGCAUUAAAAAUGGCUUUGCACA